AUGAAAAUUAGUUUUGUAACGUGGUGGCAAACCCUAGCCUCCAUCACUAACAUGGUGGCGAGUGGAGCUCCUAUGGGGGACGAGAUUAUGUUCCAACCAACAUCCACCUCCUUCCCUCCUUUACCCCACUCACCCAUUGUUGUUCCAAUAUCCCCUCUAGAAAAAAUUCUACCACAAAAAGAUGAUAUACCAAAACCCUUCUAUCCAACCUCCUCAAAAAAGAAAACCCGAGUCUCACAUUGCUUCCCACAAUUUCAUAUAUCUUAUAAGCCUCCAACCACACAUGAAGGAAAGCCAACAAUGGAGUUCUCGAAAAUAGACUCGAAACAAUCAUCUAAACUAUUUAAGAGGGUUAGGCUACCUCGAAUUUUAAAUCGGACCGGAUUUGAUGGGGAGACAAG